AUGUAUGGGCGUCUAUUAUUUUUAGUGACUUUAUUAUUAGUAGUGUAUAGUAGAGCUGAAAAUGAACCGAUACGUAAGACAAAGCUUGGCUACAUGCACGGUUAUUACAUGGAGACUAGGAAAGGCAGAAAAAUAUCUGCCUUCACAUCCAUCCCAUACGCUAAACCUCCGAUAGAUGAAUUAAGAUUCAGGGCCCCAAUACCUAUAUCACCAUGGGAAGGUACUUUAAAUGCUACAAAAGAAAGUCCAAUAUGUGUUCAAAGGAAUCCUUACAUUCGCCAAAAAGAGAUUGUGGGUCAAGAAGAUUGCCUCUAUCUUAACAUAUACACCCCGUUUUUGGGAAAUGAUGAAGUGCCAGAAAAAGAUUUACUUCCCGUUAUGGUAUUUAUUCACGGCGGAGGCUGGAUGUGUGGUGACGGAACCACACACAUGUAUGGACCUCAGCAUCUUCUCGACAGAGAUGUGGUCUUUGUCGCUAUAAACUAUAGAUUAGGACCUUUAGGUUUUCUAUCCACUCUUGAUGAAGUGUGUCCGGGAAAUAACGGUUUAAAGGAUCAACAAGAGGCUUUUAGGUUCAUUCAAAAGACAAUUGCAUCGUUCGGAGGAAAUCCAAAUUCCGUGACGAUAUUUGGAGAGAGCGCUGGAGGAGCUAGUGUUAAUUAUCAUAUGCUGUCAGAAACCAGUGCAGGACUUUUUCAUAAAGCGAUAUCUGAAUCUGGCACAGCCUUAGUGCCGUGGGCCGAGGCGCCACCUGGCGAAGCAAAAAGGAACGCAUUCCGACUGGCUAAGUUUCUAGACUGUCCCCAGACGCCUUCAGAGCUCAUGAUUAAAUGCCUCCGCACCAUACAUAGCUACGAUAUCAUUGAGACAGAAUUUAAAUUUUAUUCCUGGGACUACGAACCUAUGACUACGUUCAAAGCCGUAAUAGAACCUGAUCUGCCCGGUGCAUUCUUAACGAGUAGUCCUCGAAAGCCUCCAUUUACCAAAUUGGUACCAUGGCUUACUGGCUUAAACAAAGACGAAGGGUGCUUAAAGUCUGUCUGGAUAACAGCUCACAAGGAACGCUUUAAGGAAUUCAUGUCAGGAUUUGAUGCGAUUGGACCCAUUACUUUUUACUAUGAUAAUUCACCAUAUUCAGAAUUGAUAACAGAAAAAAUAAGAUCAUAUUACUUUAAAGACGAUGAAAAUAGUAUAAAAGAUGGCAUUUUAAAGAUAUAUUCGGAUUCAUAUUUUGAUUAUCCUUUGGUGGAAUCCGUUGAAUACGCAUUAAAUUAUAGCAAGAACCCAGUUUUCCUCUACCAACUCUCCUAUCGCGGAGUGAAUAGUUUUUCCCAAAUAUUCGGUGAUCCCGAGGGAAAUUACGGUGUUUGUCAUGCAGAUGAAUUGAUGUAUCUAUUUCCUAUAGAGUUCUUGAAAUAUCCUCUCACGAAAGAAGACAAUGAUAUGUUAGAACUCAUUAUAACUAUUUGGACAAACUUUGCUACAAGCGGAAACCCCAAUAAGCCCCUAAAGGUGCCUUUUGACUGGAAGCCUGCGAGUAGUAGUGAAAAUAUGGAAUAUCUCGACAUAUCGAAGACUCCGGAAAUGAAACAAAAUUUAGCUGAGAGAUCAAGAUUUUGGUCAAGUGUGCCGCUUUGGCAUAACGUUAAAACAAGAAGAAUUAUCGACGAGUUGUAG